AUGUGCAGAAGCCCCUUGGAGUCUGCUGCUUCAUUCCACCUCCCACUCUCCCCUACUCACGAAAUCUCAGAAAAUGCAAAGAAGACCAAGCCGGAGAAAGAGCAGCCGCCAAAAGAGCCAGAUAUAGAUCCAGCUGAAGAGGCAUAUCAGCGAGCGACGCGCGCAAGCCGACAAAAGGCAAGCGCGGAGAGAGAAAGGCAGCAGAAGGCUCAGGCCGAACAAGAGGAACAGGACGCAAAUAGCGGCGAGAAGGAAAAGGCAAAGUCUGAACAAGAAAGCAAGCAGAAAAAGGAAGAGAAGAAAGAAGCUCCACCGCCGCCGCACGGGAACAAGUCUCCAUGGCAAGUCUUUACUGAGACCCUGAGGACAGAGUUCAAAGCCUCGAAAGAGUGGAACGAGUCGACGAAGCAGCUUUCAGAUUCUGCCCACAAUUUUACCGAGAAUGAAUCCAUACGGCGCGCUCGUGAGGCAUACAAAUCUGCCUCGGGUGCAGCCUCAUCAGGAACAGCAUCAGCUUUAAAGAAUACUGGCAAAGCCAUCGGCCAGAGUGCAGCUUGGACCUGGGAUACGCAAAUGGUCAAAGGAUUAAGGCAAGGCGCCAACGCAGCCGGGCGAGGUAUCGAUAAAGCCACGAAACCAAUAAGAGAGACUACAGCAUUCAAAAGCGUACAAGACGUGGUUGACGAUGGUAGCAGCUCCAAAUAUGGCGGCUGGAUAGAGAAAGAGGAACGUCGAAAACGAAGGGAACGAAGAGAGCUAGAAGAAGCUAUGAGAAGCGGACGACCAGUCGGACAGCCGGCGGAGAAAGCUGAAGAGGAUCCAGAUGCCGGCACAAACGUAACCCUCCACAAAGAUUCCAUCCUCCACACUAAAUGGCGCGACUUCCGCGACGGCAAUCCAAUGAUGCAACGUUUCUUCACCCUGAAAUCCUCCUACAACGAAUCCGACAACGCCAUCAUCUCGACAGCUCGCAGCAUCACGGACCGUGUCGCGGGGUUCUUCGCGGAGAAUGAAUCUGCUCUCGUCAUCAAGAAGUUCAAAGAGAUGGACCCAACCUUCAAACUUGAGCCAUUCCUCCGCGAAAUGCGCGAAUACAUCCUCCCCGAGGUCCUCGACGCCUAUGUCAAGGGCGAUAUGGAGACCUUGAAAUUAUGGCUCUCGGCUCCACAAUUCUCGGUCUACAGCGCUCUAGCGCAGCAGUACCUGACCGCAGGCCUGAAGAGUGAUGGCAAGAUUCUAGAUAUUCGGCACGUGGACAUUCUAUCGGCCAGGAUGUUGCAGCCGGGUGACAUACCGGUGUUCAUCAUCACAGCCAGGACGCAGGAAGUACAUGUGUACAGGAAUAGCAAGACAAACGAGCUGGCAGCUGGAAUGGAGGACAAAGUGCAGCAAGUCACGUAUGCUAUCGGCGUCACGAGGUUACCAGAGGAAGUCAGUAAGCCAGAAACGAGGGGAUGGAGGUUGAUCGAGCUGCAGAAGAGCGCGAGGGACUAUAUAUAG